UUGUUGACACAUGUUGUGUCCGAGGCUCCAUCGCCUGUUACGCAGUUGUCGCCCAUAAGCAACGUUCUCGGGCCUCACACCUUGCGAAAGAACUUCCUGGAGCCUUGGACCCCCGGCACCGCCGCCCCGCACUACGCUGCUCUAGAUGUCUUCUCAGCCAUUCGAUUCAUUGGAUGCACAAUCCCUCAUCCUAGCGCAGACGGUGCUCGCUGCUAUUCCUCUCAUAGUCAUUGUUCUCAACAGCCCACAUAUCUACUCAGCUACAACUUUCCUCUCUUCCUAUUCGGGACCUAUGCGUCAGAAAAAACAGACUCCCAUGAUCCCCUUCGACUUGUGGUUCUCUGGACUUCUUGGGACAUCGAUACUUUUCGAUGUGGUUUGGCUUGUCAAAACUCAUGAUCAGAACGGCUUCAUCAAAUUCCUGACGAUCAUUAAUAUGUUGUUGAAGAUCCCUACUGCUCUAGCCACUAUGAAUACAUUGCGCUCGCGUGGAGGCUCCCUUUCGUCCUUUGCACCAGGAAAUUUUGCUAGCCAGACUGUCUGGACUAUGCCUGGAGGGUUUGGUGCGGGAGGAUCGAGGGAUGGAUACCAAACUGUUGAAGACGACUUGGAAGAGGCUCGGAAUGUUUCCCCGGUGGCUAAACCAUCGCCAUCACCAUCGCCAGCCCAUCAGCCUCAAAAUCCUCCUGGAGGCUAUCACACGUUAUCUGGUCAAGAUCACUUUUUGGGGGGAUCCCCUCUCAACCGCCUCUCGUGGCUCAGGAAUAACCCAGAAUUCCUUCACUCGGCUCUGGGAAGCCCGAAGACUAAAUGGGUUGUCUUCAAUGAUGGUCAGCCACUCGUCAAUGUGACGAAGAAUCCUGGAACUGGGAGGGAUGUUAACAGCCUAGUCUACCACUCUACGGAACGUGUACAACCACUUUUGGGGCCCCCACCGUACUUCGCCCAGGGGAAGAAUGCGGGUGACACGCUGCCACCCGAACUUAUUACUACAGAACAUAAUGGGGCUGGGAAAUUCCUCGAAGCGGCGCGUAUACAUGGUCCACUAAUCCUUUUCCUCGGAACGCUAGAGCCCAAAGACUCUACUGCGCCUCCAACAGACCCAGGAAAGGCAGAGAAAUUGCAAGGCGAGCCUUACUUUGCCUUGGACGUCACUAGAAUAAGUCAGGACGUGCUCCAGGAGGCAUUCAACCUUGUCUACUCAGCAGAUGAAGCCGUUAGAACUAUAUUUGGCGAGCCCCGAGACACUGGUCUCAGCUUGAAAAAGUUUGAUGCGGCCAUUUUCUCCGCAGCACGAACGAUGCUAGACUGGAACGCGCGUAACAAGUAUUGUACUUCCUGUGGUUCUCCUGUAUAUUCGCUCUGGGCCGGAUGGAAACUAUCUUGUUCUUCACUCCUUCCCUGGGAAAAUAAUGAAGGCCGUUCCCCGUGUCCCACUGGGAAAGGGCUGCACAAUACCAUGCAUCCCCGAACUGAUGCGGUCGUCAUUACCGCAGUUCUGGAUGAAUCUGGAGAGAAAAUCUUAUUGGGCCGAAAUAAACGAUUCCCCCCUGGGUUUUAUUCCACUCUAGCGGGCUUCCUGGAGCCCAGUGAAUCGUUUGAAGAUGCUGUAGUUCGGGAGAUAUGGGAAGAAAGCGGCCUUCAUGUUCACAGUGUACGAUACCACUCGUGUCAGCCAUGGGUAACCUUUUAUACUUCGUACUGCGCCACCGCUCUGAACCAUUCCUUGCAGCCCUUCCCUGCUAAUUUGAUGGUAGGAUGUUUCGCACUUGCCGACUCAUCACAGACAAUUCGCACUGACUUGGACAAUGAAUUGGAAGAUGCCAGAUGGUUUACCCGUGAAGAAGUUCUAGAGAUCCUCGGCAAAGGCGCCAGCUUGAGACCGAGCGAGCUCGGGAAAAUGGGAGAAGGCAUUGAUAAUGUCCUCGCACCAUCUGUCAAGCCAUCGACAGUGCUUCAGACAGCUCAAGGCAACGUCGAACCACAAGAUAAACCGCCCACACGAUCCCGAUCUCGAUCCCGUUCACGUUCACGAGAGCGUGGUAACGUUCGAAUCCGUGUUCCUCGUCAGACAGCAAUUGCUGGAGUGCUCAUCCAUAAAUUCGCCCACUGCCAGCUGGAUGGGCUGGGAUUUAGCUUCAAAGGGAAAGCGAAUUUGUGAUGGUUGUGGAGUUUCUUGACGUCUUGAAGCAUUGCUAAGCUACUGCAGAUCAGUUUGUACCAAUAGAGUAGCAUUUAGACUACGAGUAGAAUCGUGUCUUGAUCACUGUCCCGCGACCCCCCGCGCAACAAAGGCGUGUGCAUGAGAUGAACGGUGGAUGGAAUUGACUCACGGAUGUCGGACGUAUGCUACAUGAAGUGAAAAGUAUUAUAAGCACUGUGGGGAGCGGACCAAUUGGAUUGCUUCGACCGUAACUCGCUCCCAGCU